AUGAAAAAGUUUACAAUAAUUCUAAUUAUUGUUUGUCUGCAACUUAGUAGUUGCGAGUAGUGUUCUGAUUACUUUUAGGAUGAAACCGGAUGUAUUCAGAGCACUGGAAUUUCUUGCAGGUGGAUUGAGUAGAGUAACCAGUGUCAAGAAUCAACAGGAACUUUGAUUGGAUGCCAGAAUUAUUUAAAUUAGCAAGCCUGUAUUUCAUAGAAGGUGUACCCUGAUAAAACAAUAGCGGAAUGUAUUUUCAGUGGAUAUUGCAGAAGUGUUGUCGAUGAUGCUUCAGAGUGUUAGAAAAAUUUAUCUAGAGCUGGGUGUUUGGGAGUCGAGGAAGCUUAUUGUACUUGGAAGGAUCAAUGCAUUGCGAUCUCACAAAGUCAAGCAGUUAUAUUAGGUUAGGCAACUUCAUUAACUGAUGAUUUGAAACUGUCAUCAAUUGCAGUAUGUCAAUUAAUUAUUAAUUUCCCAGCUAUUCAUUAGCAUGGGGCACAUGAAUCUUUGACUAAGUUAUAUUUUGAGAACUUAACAUCAUCAGGUGGUGAGAAUGAGUACGAAUAACAAAUGUUGAUUCCAGGAUGUUUUUAGCCAGUUACUAGUAUCUAUAGGGAAGUAAAGUGUGAUGCAUAAGGAUUGAAUUCAUUAAGCUGCAUGCUGAUUGAAACGGAACCUUGCAUAUUUUAAGAGGGAAAUUGUAAAAAGGUGUAUAAUUUCUUUACUUUAAAUUGCAGCGAUAAGUUAAAUAAAAUAGCAUGCUUAUCAGUUGAAAACUUGGAGGAAACUUGUUAUUGGGCUGGCAAUUAAUGUACAAAAUAUUUAGUAACCACAACUACACCUUGUAAUAUAUCAAUAUAAGUUUCUCCUAGUUUUUGCGCAAAUAUAACUAAUGGAGGCGAAUCAUGUUUUUAUGAUAAAUCAACAAUGAAGUGUGAUUAGAUGUGUAAGUCUGCUAGCUUAACCACCUCUACGAAAUGCGAAUUAUCAAAAUAUGAAUGUGCAUGGCGUGAUUAUGGGGUUGGAUAUUGUAAAUUCAAAAAAAAUCAAUGUGAUAGGCAAGGAUAGAAUUACACCUCAUGUAUGGAGGCAGAUGAAUACUGUCUCUUUGAUGAUGGACUAUGCCAAUCUAUAUAGGAUUUGAACCUCCGGGGGUGUGCUGGUGGAUUAAAUAAAUAGGCUUGUAUAAACUUGAAGAAUCCAAGUUAAGUCUGUUAAUUUUUGGAUAAUAGAUGCAUGGAAAUCUUUACAACCCCAGAAGAUCUACCAUAUUAAUUAUGGGAUGUGAAUCAGAAUGCUUGUAAAAAAAUAACAACAACUGCCAGUUACUGGAAUAACGGUUCCUGUUUAGAUGGCAAAGGGAAUGAAGAAUGUACAAUCCAAGGUUACAACAAGUUGGGAUGUCUUAAUACAAUUAACACAGUGGCACCUUGUCAAUGGAAUGGAGAUUCAGGAAGUUGUCAGGCAAUAACGAUAACUAGAGAGACUAAAUGUGAAUCACUAAAAUUGGUAAAUGCUGUUGCUUGUAGAUCAGUUUAAGAAGAGGAUACUAGUGGCAAUCCUGUGUUGUGUAAAUACAAUAUAAAUUCUACUGCUUGUGAAAAGGUCACAGUACUCUCCUCAAUUAAUUGUGAAACAGAAGGCUUAAAUGAAGCUGCAUGCAGUUCAGUUCCUGAUCCAUUGUAAAGUUGUAGAUGGUCUUCAAAUUAAUGUAUGAAAGUAACGAGUUUGGGGAAUGCAGUCACCUGCUAGGCUCUAUAAUCAGUGACUCAAAGAACUUGCGCAAUGAUCUAAUCCAAUAAUUAGAGAUGUGUUUAUGACUCAUCAAGGAAGAGUUGUACAACCCAAGUCCCACCAUCAACAGCUUGUACUGCUGCAGGAUUGAAUCCUUACGGUUGUGCAUUUGUAAGUUCAAAAUGCCAUUUUGAUUCUACCACUAAUCAAUGCAAAUCUACUUAGGAUUCCGAUUAUGCAACAAUUAGUUGUGACACGAAUUUCCCAUCAAAAAGCACUUGUGUCUUAAUAACAAAGGCUAAUCAAUAUUGCAGAUGGUUAGGAAAGGACAAUGUUUGUGAAUUAUUUAGUUUUCCUGCCUCUGAUUAGUGUACUAAGUAUUCGAAUGUCAACAAAUUAUUUUGUUUGGCUUUUGAAGUGCCUUUAACAAGAUAUAUCAGUUCCAGUUACUACUGUUCCUUCGAUUCAGGAACAAGUUCGUGUACUGAAUAUACAAACCUUGCUGCAUGGGCAGAUUGUGGAUCAUCAUUAGAUAUCAAUCUACAUGCUUGUGUAGGUCUCUCUAAUACUAGUAAAUAUUGUUAUUUUGAUCAAACAACAUUGAAAUGCACAGAAAUCACGGAUCCCAAUGAUUCCAAGUUUUCGUCUUUGCUCUGUAAAUAAGCUAAUAAAAAGUUGUGUUUGAGUUUAUUAACAACUGGACAGUAUUGCGAAUGGGUGGAUUCAGAGAAAAAGUGUUAACCAAUAAAAUCAGGUCAAUCAUGUUCCGAUUAUGUGUCCUUGACAGUCAAUCCAACUCUGUGUGCCAGCACCUUCUCUUUUGAAGCAUGUGUGUCUAAUUUUGCUGAUAGUCACUGUAAAGUUUUGCUAGCUAGUGAGACGUCUUAUGGUUGUCUUGAAAAGGGGUUGAAUCGGAAGGCAUGUUUAGAGAACACCAACGGUGCUUGCUAUUACGAUACUGAUAAAUUGCUUUGUUUAGAAAUGACUGGAACAUUAGCAUAUUAAGUGUACUGUUAUAGUUACGUGAACAAAUUAGGCUGUUUGGCUACAUUGCAAGCUCCUUGUAAAUGGGCUGAUAACUCUUGCUAAUACGUUUAUGAUCUAGAUCCCUUUAAUUCAGCCUGCACUGACUUAUCAACCUAACUUUAUAACCCCAAAGUUUGCUAGAUGAUUUAAACCGAUUCUCAAUAUUGCCAAUAUGACUCAACAACUUUCCAUUGCAAGGAUUUCUCAGACUUUGUCUAAGAUUGCAAACCUGGAUACAAUUAUUUAACUUGCAGUUUGAAUUCCUUGUGUCAAUGGGAUUCAAGCACAGAAAGUUGUUAACCCAGUAGCUCUGGAGCAGAUUUAUGCAAGGAUCAAACGAAUGAGACUAAUUGUCUAGCCGUCACAAAUGAUUUGUGUUCUUGGACUACUUCAGGAAAGUGUAAGAAGAUUGUCAUCACUAGCUAUACUUAAUGCAGUUAGGUAGGUACAGCCUAAGGCAAGUUCGUGAAGAAGAUAUGCCAGUAAAUCUUUUUCGGAACCGAAGCUUGCCAAUAUGAUAGUGCCAGCAAGGCUUGUGUGACAGUAACAACUACAAACAACCAAUGCAGUUCAAUAGGUCUGAACAGGAAAGCUUGUCUUAGCAAUACAAUCGGAUAUAAAUGCAGAUUUGAAUCAGAUUCAACCAAAGAUGAUUAUGGAUGCUAAGAAAUCAGCGAUUUUUCAAGUCAAGGCUGUUCUGACAGUUUAGAUAGCGAGGCUUGUGCAUCCGUUACUAUUUCUUAAUGUGCAUACGACUUGACUAGAGAUAUUUGUGAGGAUUACUCACAAUUCUAUUUGGCCUACUAUUACACCUGUGCUUAAUUCAGCACUGGCUAUGUAGUUUCAAUAAACUUAUGCAAGUAUCUUACUGAUGUUGCAUGCAUCUAUGAUGCCGCAACUUUCACAUGUAAAACAACUAAUGCACUAUUGAAUCUAUGCUCUACAAAUACAACCAUUAAUUCGGUGUAUUGCUUAACCUAAAUUAAGGAUUAAACAUGCGCCUUUGAUCCAUAUUAUGGCUACUUUUGUUAUCAAACUGAUACGUCCUAUUGGUCUUGUAGUGAUUGUUUAUCCUUUAAGUAAUGUGUCACUAGCAGAUAUUAAAUAUGCAAAUGGUAGGAUAACUUAUGUCAGGAAAUUACUGUUGAUGAUGUACCGUGUACUGAUUUGACAAACAUCAAUUCAAAAGCCUGCAUGAGUGUUACUGGGGAUGCAAAAUGCUAGUUCAAGUAUGAUUCAGUAGCAUAAACAACAUCUUGCGUAACUCCUUUGGAUGACACUUAGCUUUGUCCAGGAUUGAAUGAAGCAGCCUGUGUUGCCAACACAAUCUAAUCCUGUUUCUUUUAUUAGAAAUAAUGUUAUAGCAGUUUUUCUGAUCCUUACUUAGCUAGUUGCACAGAGGAAUUUUCUUUUAAUUAUCGAGGUUGUGUGAGAAUUAUGAAUUCAGAUCAAAAAUGCAAAUGGGACACCACUCUUAAAAAAUGUAUUUCAAUAUCGAUUUCACCUACCGAUACUUGCACUACUUAUGCAGAUUCUAAUUAUUCAGCAACUAUUUGUGCCUCAAUUUAGAGUGGAAAUUGUAUUUGGGAUAACGGAUGCAAAGUAGACGUGGCUCUUAGUUGUGAUACUAACGGAGCAAAUAAAGGAGCGUGCAUAAAUGCAACAACAGGGAGUUGCGUAUUUUCAGAAGGAGUUUGCAUAGAUGUGACUAUUCCAUCAGCUUUAGUGAAAAACUCAUGUACAGAUCCUUCAAAUUAGUCAGGAUGUCUGAACAUGAAUUUAGGAUAAACCUGUAAAUGGACGGGAACCACAUGUCAAGAGAUCAGCGUAACUGGUGGUUGCACCUCGUAUACUAAUGUGAAUCCAGGAGUAUGCUAAAAAGUCACCGAUGUAGCAUGUAAAUGGACAUCUUCCAAUUGUACUGUGGCUAUAAUGAAAGGAGUAUGCAGUUAAGCAGGAUUGAACAAAAUAGCAUGUUUGAAACUCACCUCAGAAGUUUGUUAUUUCAAAAGCAAAACCAAUACUUGCACUCAGAUUACUUAGUAGACUUUGAACGAAUUGGAAUGCACUGACAAUCUCAAUGAAUAGGCAUGUCUAGCUCAUUAAAAGAAAUGUUGUAAAUGGAAUUUAGAUACGGGAACAUGCUAGGAUUCAACAGCAGGUUCAAGUUGUGCUUCACUGAUGAAUAACUCACCUUAUUGUUGUUAGAUUUUGACUGGAUAAGCUUGUAAGAUGGGACCAUUAUAUUGUUAAGAAUUAGCAUCCUUAUAAUCCUAGUGUUCGGAUGCAUACAACAAAGAGGCUUGUUAGUGGAUUAGUUCACCGUGUAGGUGGGAUGAUACGUUAAUGAAUUGCAUAUAGGUCAACAAGAAUUAUGGAUGCAAACCUGAUUUGAAUGUAACAGGAUGUGUGAACCAAUCAGUUCAUUGUAAAUAUUUAGAUAAAACAUGCAUGGCAGCCAGCACUUCGGAUACUUGUGCAGAUCUAUAUAAUUCCUCAUUAUCUUCAACAAAAUGUUUGUAAAUAACAAAUAGCAGGUGUUUGGUCAUUAAUAAUGGGUGCGCAGUUCCUCCUUACAAUAUAAAGUGCACUGAAAACAUGAAUAAACUUGCAUGUUUGGAUAACGUUAAUUACUGCGUUUGGAAUGAAACCACUAAUAGUUGCAAUGGAAAGAGAGUACUCACUGCCUCAACAACUUGCGCAACUGGUGUUGUCAGUAGAGGGUUAUGUGCAUUCUCGAAAGUGCAAUGCAAAUCUGAGUAUGAUUAUUCGUGCAGCACUUUUACUAAUAUUGAUGAUUCUAAUAUCACUUGUGAUGAAAGGAAUGCUGUUCUUCCAUCUAACUCUUCCUAAUGUUUGGCUCUGGAUAAUGUCAUUUGUCAAUAUGACUCAACCUAACAGAGAUGCACAUCCAAGAUAUUUGGUUCUGUUUGCACUUCCAUUGUUACCAAAAAAGGCUGUAUCUACAUAGAGAAUAAUUGUUAUUGGUCCUCCAACUUGUGUUUGCAAUACAGUUCAGACAAGUACUUUAACACAUGCGAAUAAAUAUACACAAAGUAUCAGUGUUUAAUCAAUAUCAAUACAGCCUGCUAAUGGUUUGAAGAAUAUUCCCAAUGUAGAACCUACAAGGGAUUUGCAGUCACUUGUGAAGAACACACUGAAACAGAAAUCUCCCCAGGAAUAUGCUUUUAUUUCUCAUCUGAUUAUUGUGGUCAUGAUGGGAAAAAAUGUAAAAAGGAUGUAGCUUAAUCGGUUUGUGCUAAUUCAAAGAGUCCUCUAGGAUGUCAAGCGAAUACAGCUGGAAAUUGUUUUUGGAGAAUCAAUACAGGCAAAUGCGAAGCCUUAACCGAUUCUAAACUUGCUUAAGUCAUGACUUGUGUCGAAUUGAAGUAUUCCAAAAAAGAAUUUUGCUUAGCCCCCAUUAUAGAAGGAUAGACAUGUCAUUGGAAAGACGACCUGUGUUAAAGUGCAAAUAUCGAAUUCAUCUCUUGCACCGAUGAUCUAUCCUUGGAUGGAUGCAGAGCAGUUGCAAUGUGGGGGGAUUGUGUUUUCAAAGACAAAUGUUAAGAUGCAGACAUUAAUAAUAUUAAAUGUACCGAUUAUAUCAAUAUAAAUUCCUGUUUACACCUGACAUAAGAUGGCCAAUACUGUAAAUGGUUGGGAUAAAGAUGCUAUUCCUUAGAAAGUGAAGAUGGCUUUGAAUUAUCCAGUCACAUACUGAUCAACGCCAAUGUCUGUCGAAAAGCCUACACUAAAUCAGGUGCUCCAGAUGCUACUCUUAAGAAUAUUGGUGUUCGCUAUGAUCCAUUAAACUAUGUAUGUCAAUUAUCAGAUCCAGAAAAAGAUUUAUGCAGCACUCCAGGUUUGAAUUACUAUUCAUGUUUGUCCACCUAAGCUGAUGCUUGUGAUUGGACUGGUAGCAAGUGCAAACUCUUCGAUUUCGGUGUAACAUUCACCCAAUGCGAUCAAUAUAUAUCUGUAUCUCCAAAGGUUUGUGCUUCAAUUAAUACAUCAAACUUAAAAUGCCAACAUAAUUCAACCACUUUAAAUUGCGAAAACUUCUCUGAAACCACUGAAAUCUUUGUUAAAAAUAAGGAUGAUGUAUAUGUAAACACUAAAAAGGGGAUGAAUCGAUUGGCUUGCAUUAGUGUUCUUAAAUAGCCUACCAUUUGGGCCAGUGGAAGAUGCGAAUACAAUCUUGUUAAAGUAGGCUUAAUAACCUGCAACGAAUUGAUAGAUGUCAAUCCCAAGUCUUGUGCAUAAAUUGACAAGGACAAUGUCACUUGCAAAUAUUUCAAAGAAGGAACUUGUACUGCAUAUUUUGACCCAUAAUUUGAUAAGUGCACUACACCUGGCUUAAAUAAAGUAGGUUGUGUUUCUAUUGAAACUGAGUAGUGUCGCUUUUCUGAGGGAUCUUGCUCAAAAUACGAAAUUUCAAAUAUCAUCAAAUGCAAUGAGAUGAAAAAUGUGAAUGCCCUAGUCUGCAAAAAUAUCAUAAAUCAACGUUGCAAAUUCAGUUUUGUCAAUAGAGGAUGUGUCUAAUCAUAUUCAAAUGAUAAAUGUUCAUACAGUGGACUCAAUCAAUUCGGAUGUAAUAGAACCACCUAAUGUCAAUGGAUUGAUGAUCGAUGCUUCUGUAAAGGAGAGGUUUCAUCACUCCAAUUAAUAGAUUGCUCCAAAUUCACUUCUGAACUUUGUCCAAACUACAAAUAGUGCAUUUUUGACAAACUUACCAGUCUCUGUCGAAACAGGAGAUGCAGUGAUCUUGCUGUUGCCUCUUGUUCGGGGACUAUAGCCAAAUCAAUUUGUUAUGUUAAUCUCUUUAAAUGCAGUUCUGCCUCUAAGUGUUCUGAACUAUUCAAUGUAGAUUGUAGUCUUUAUACUAUCGCUGGUAAAAAAUGUGCUGACGAUCUAUAGAAUGAAAAUCAUUGCAUUGAUUAAGGAUGUCAGCAUUUCAAUGAAGACUAAUGCACUGGUAACUGCCAAUGGUCAUACGCUUAAUGUGUGCUCAAAGAGUGCACAUACAUGAAUAAAGACAAGUGCACUGGUAUCAUGAAUAAUAAGCAAUGUUAUUGGGAUGGUACUUAUUGUUAGGCCCUUAGUUCCUGUAAAGAAUAUAUUACAUAUUCCAAAUUAACUGAUACAACCCUGUAACAAUAGUUGUGUACUUCUUCAAUGUUUCUUAAUAAGAGAUGCAGAUGGGAACUCGUUGAACCUUUUGGAACUGAAUUUUAAUGCACAUCCAAAUUGUGUUCUGAUUAAGGUACCAGUUCAUCAACUUGCCAUGGAUUUGAGGCUCAAUCAGAGGUAUGUGUAUUAUUACCGGACUUUACUUGUGUGGCUUGCUCAGAAAUUACAGACUCUUGUACCUGUUUAAAUAUGAAUGGUUACUGUUACUACAGUGAAUCCAAGGGAUGCAUCUCAAAUCUGUGUAGCGAUCUGGAUGAAGCUUCUUGUGCAUCAAAUUCAUAGAGAUGCACAUUUAUUAACAAAUAAUGUAAACCAUCCUGUGGUAAAUUGAGAAGUGUUGAGUGUACUGUAAGGUAACAGUCGAGUGAGUGUCAUUGGAACAGUAAUGUUCUGAGAUGUCUUGAUGGUGCACCUCCGAGUGUCAAUCUAAACACCAUGGAGGAAGUGAUAGUCAUAGAGAGCUCGAUUUCUAAGAUUAACUAAGUGAUCAUCAUGCUAAUAAUGAUAUAUAUUAAUUGA